AUAAUUGACCAGGAAGUGAUUAUCUUCAAGGCAUUACACGCUCGUGUGUAUUUUUAUGAAUUUAUAAACUACAGUAUUAGAAUGGCAUCGCUGUUGCUACUGCAAUCAAUAUAAUAAACGUUUUAUGUUAUGGAAACGUGUAACACUUGCAUGGGAUAGGAUACUCGAGUUCAUUGUAUUUGCGUGGUUUCAGUAUCGUGUGCAGUGAGCUAACUAACUGCUGUAGCUAUUAGCUUACUAGCUAGGUUAGCUGCUCAACAUGUAAACUUGUCAUGUGAUAAUGUGAAAUUAUUUUGGUCAUACCCGGGUCACAACAUAUUGAUUUGGACUGUAGCAGACUGACUAGUGCCAGGAUUGAACCCAGACAUGAAUAUAACUGUGUGCUCUUCAGCGCUGUUGACUCGUGCUUACAGAAUGUGUAUUUCAAAAGCCCCACGGCCCCAUUCCACUGGAUCCAUUGGCUGGGUAGUCCCUGUCUGCAUGUCCCCCAACCGGUCUUAUUCUACAAACAUCAAGGUUCGUUCCUACCUACAGUACAUGAAGCGGAAGAUCAAGCCCCCACCAAGUCCUCCAUACCCCCAUGUCUGCCAAGUGGGUGAACCGGUGCUGCGAGCCAAGGCUGCAGCGGUGGACCCUGGGGCAGUACAGGGUCCGGAGGUUCAGGCGGUGAUCCACAGCAUGGUAAAGGUGAUGCGGAAAUUUGAAUGUGUGGGACUGAGUGCACCUCAAGUUGGAGUGCCACUUCGUAUCUUAGCUCUGGAGUUCCCAGAGCGCAUGUUGGAGGACAGCUUGCCUGCUGCACGUGAAGCCCGCGGUCUGACCACUGUGCCUCUGCGGAUCUUUAUCAACCCACAGCUGCGAGUCCUAGAUGGACGCACAGUUCUGUUCCAGGAAGCCUGUGAGAGCAUCUCGGGGUUCUCGGCCACUGUUCCACGCUACCUCUCUGUGGAAGUCUCAGGCUUGAAUGAGAAGGCAGAGCCUGUGACCUGGCAAGUGAGCGGCUGGCCCGCACGCAUCCUACAGCAUGAGAUGGAUCACUUGGAUGGAGUCCUAUACAUUGACCGCAUGGACAGUAAAACAUUCAUUAACGUGAACUGGGCAGCAAAGAAUGAGUAGCCGUUUCAAACAAACCUAGUCACCCUGAUUGACCCACAGCACUUAAAGACAGUUCUUGGACAUAACAUGGCAGCAGAUAAGACCAUUCUGAAACCUUUCCUUUGACUGAUUAAACUGUAAAUUCGUAAUAAUAAAUAAUGUAUUUAUGAAGGCAGAUUUAUAGUCUGGAUGAAUAUUCAAUUAUCUUGCAAGUUGUUUAAUUUGUGUGAACAUUUUUAAAGGAACUGAAAUAUUGACUAAACUGUGGUGCCACCAGAUGGCUGACCAAAGAGAAAAUAUUGCAGAAUGUUGGAAGUAAAGAAAAAACUGAAAAGCUUUUAUAUGCUGUAGUAUCCUACAUUUAAACAUCAACAUCUAAAGAGCACAGCACGAGAGACAUCUGUUCCUAUUUUAAAUCCCAUUUUAAUUCAAAUAUCUGCAGAAAAAAUAACAAAUAAUGAAAACAAACACCUUAACCUCAAACCACAUUUGGCAGUAUUACCUUAAAUCUUGACCUGCAACAUUUAAUCACUGGUUUCUCCUAAUUUCUCACUGGUUUCUCCUAACAUAAGUUUAAGGCUCCAGAUCUAAUCAAAUUUAAGGACCUACCAAGAGCCCAAAAUAGAAAAAUAUACAAGAGUUUGGCACUUCACUUUUAAUCCCUGGCUGGGCUAAAGCUAAUGUAUAUAUUAUUACAAAUUAAGGGUAUUUUGAAUUGAAGGCAACACGUACUUUGCCUUAAAAGUAUUCACACCCCUUGACUUAUUCCACAUUUUGUUGUGUUACAGCCUGAAUUUAAAACGGAUUGAGUGUCAUCACUGGCCUACACACAAUGUCCCAUAAUGUCAAAGUGGAAUUAGGUUUAUUUUUUUACUUUUACAAAUUAAUAAAAAAUGACAAGCU